AUGAGGAAGCUCGCGAUCGCGGUGGUGAUCUCCGGAGGAGCUCUCGUCAUUGGCGCCAUCGCGAUUGUGAGCUCCAGUCGGCGGCGGCGGCGGCGGCGCAGCUCUCAGAUCGUGUGGAGCGCGGCGCAUUGCGAUCGGCAACACGCGCACGGGAUUCUGGGAGCUGUCGGGAACACGCCGCUGGUGAGAAUUCGGAGUUUGUCCGAGGCAACAGGCUGCGAGAUUUAUGCCAAAGCGGAGUUUCUAAAUCCUGGAGGAAGUAUCAAAGAUCGAGUAGCUGUGAAAGUCAUCAAAGAGGCUUUGCAAUCCGGAAAGCUACGUCCUGGAGGUGUGGUCACCGAAGGAAGCGCUGGAAGCACUGCCAUUAGCCUGGCUAUGGUUGCCGUGGCGUGUGGUUGCAAGUGCCAUGUAGUGAUUCCAGAUGAUGCAGCAAUCGAAAAGGCUCAACUUCUGGAAGCGCUAGGUGCCACUGUGGAGAGAGUUCGACCGGUUUCCAUAACGCAUAAGGACCACUUCGUAAACAUUGCACGACGAAGAGCACAGGAAGCUGAAGCAAAGUACAAAGAGCGAAUGAUCGUUUGCCCCUUCGAUAAAAAUGACAAGAAUCAAACGAAAAAUGGUACACAUAACGUCGACAGCAAAGAUGAAGCGCAAGGGGGAUAUUUUGCUGACCAGUUUGAGAACCUGGCAAACUUUCGGGCUCAUUACCAAGGAACGGGGCCAGAAAUAUGGAAGCAAACUGGAGGCAAAGUUGAUGCUUUUGUAGCGGCAUCUGGCACCGGUGGCACAAUCGCGGGCAUUACAUGCUAUCUCAAGGAUCAAAGGCCAGAAGUCAAGUGUUACUUGAUAGACCCGCCUGGUUCUGGACUUUAUAACAGGGUUUCAAGAGGUGUCCUGUAUGCUAGAGAAGAAGCAGAAGGAAAGAGACUUAAAAAUCCAUUCGAUACCAUAACGGAGGGAAUUGGCAUUAACCGUCUGACGAAAAAUUUCCUUUUGGCUAAACUUGAUGGAGCCAUCCGAGGCACUGACAAGGAAGCCGUAGAGAUGUCGAGGUUCUUAUUGAGAGAGGAUGGAAUCUUCGUCGGCAGCUCCUCGGCGAUGAACUGCGUAGGCGCUGUGCGGGUUGCUCGCUUGCUUGGUCCCGGCCACACCAUCGUCACCAUUCUUUGCGAUAGUGGUUCACGCCAUCUAAGCAAGUUCUACAAUGCAGAAUAUCUAUCAACUCAUGGCCUCCUUCCUACUGCAAAGGGAUUGGAAUUCCUCGUAUAAGGAUCAUAUAUUCUGUAGUCCUGACACACUUGCGACUGUGUCUUAAUGUUCUUGGCUUCUGACGACAGCGGACUAGCGAGCACUGAAAACUUCUAUGGAACACCUAUUACCAGUACUGGAGCUGGUCCUGGUCUUAAGAUAAGUACCGGGGGCAUGAGUAGGGAGAGGGUGGAGGUCAAGACGUCCCAGUAGCAUUGUCACAACGUCGCUCAUUACUGGUCGGAGCUCUUCACGCUCUUGAGUGCACAGCAGAGCAAUGUGAACCAUCCUGUAGACUUCGUCGGGAUCAUAAUCACUGCCAAGCUUCCAGUCAACGCACUCGUCCAAUUUUCCAGCCUCGCAGAGCUUCCAAGUCUGGAGAAACCAACCAUGAUCGUGCCAGAUCCACGCACUUCCUCCCGCUCAAGAUCACCAGGACGGGAACCCCAAAGCUGAAGACGUCGGCUUUCGGUGACAAUCUCCUGUGAACCGCAUAUUCUGGUGCCAUAUAUCCGCUGCAAAAACGAGGCAAAUCUGUCAACCAUAUCUUCCACUAGAAGAGAACUUACAAUGUUCCAGCCACUUUUGAGACGACGUGCUUUCCAUCCAGAUCGAAGAGCUUGGAGAGGCCAAAGUCCGAUAUCUUUGGCUGUAACUUGGCGUCGAGGAGAACGUUGCUGGCUUUGAUGUCCCUGUGGAUUAUCUGAAAGUGUGACUCCUCGUGCAGGUAAGCAAGGCCCCGAGCGAUCCCGAUCGUGAUCUGGAACCGAGACUGCCAAUUCAAGGCCGAAGAACUUUCUGUGAGGAGAAAAUAAGAUCUUAAUAAAAGUGGAGACAAACACUUAACGGAA